UCGCACUAUGUCACACUCAAUUUCAGACAUACCUGCAUACUUCUCUGUUUAGCUAGUGUUCUCUCCUCCACACAUUUUCCCUCAAAUUCACUCUUUCCCUGCAUUCUUUUCUAUUUAGGUUUCUCUCCUGCCACAUUUUUCCUCACUGCAUUUCUCUAGUGUUAAAUACACCCAAUAGUGUUUUCAACUGACCAUUGCCGCUUCUGUCUUCUCUUUACUCUCUUGCAAUGGGUAAUGGUUGCUGCUCUGCGUUUUCUUCCUCGGAAAACGAGAUUGCAACGGAUUUGGGGCGUCUUGAAGAAAUGGUGUCAGAUCUCACUCAUCUCGACCAAUUGAUUUCUGUCAUUGACGAACGUCUUCAAGCCAACGCUGCUAAAAUUGAUAGAGUCCAACAGAACACGUCUACACAGCCAAUUGGUAGUUCCUCUACGCUUGAUUCUUGCAAAAACUUCGGCAAGGAUUUAGUGAUGAAGAUGUCGAAGCGUGCAGAGAGAAAUCGUUGCAUGGUGUGCUUCAAGUCUGCCUAUAAUCGUGAAACACGGAAAGUGGUUAUUGAGGUUCUGAAAGGCGCCACCCAGAUCCAGUUGUUGGGGGCAGGGAUAUGCGUGGUGGGGUAUUUGUUGGAUCAAAUCGAACUACUUUCCAAUAAUAGGGACCAAUGUAUUCAGAUAUUGAGAUUGUUAUGUGCUCUAGCAAGGCGCGUGAAGCAAUUAGAUCACCUUGUCCCUGUUGAAAAAAAGAGCCUUGAUGAAGCAGUUAAUUUCAUUUUUGACGGGUGUGUUCUGUGUCUUGCGCAAAUGAAAUCUCAUAGGUUCUACAGGAUUUUUCAAGCUUCAGCGGAUGCUGGGGAUCUGCAAAACCUUGAGUCACAGAUACGAAAUACCUAUGCAGAUCUCACCCUUGGGGCUGUGAUCGGAAACACUCCUUAUUUUCCUCCUCCAACACAGGGGCAAGAUCCUAAACCAGUUGGGAGAGAACUCGCAAGAGAUAGAGUAAUUAAGCUUCUAACAAUGGAUCCAACUGAUGAUUCAAAGAAAGCUGUUGUAAUUUACGGGUUUGGAGGAAUUGGGAAAACAACUCUGGCCUCUGCUGUCUUCAAGAAUCUCGAACUUAAGGGCUACAGAUUCUGCAGACUCGAUAUGGAUCAGAAUAUUUCCAACGACGGCAUCAAGCAGCUUCAGCAGCAGGUAUUGAGAGAGCUGAAGAUUGACAAAGGGGACAAAGGGCCCAUCAUGCUGAACAGUUAUGUGGAAGGUCAAAACAAGUUAACAGAGUUUUUCAGAAAACCUGGUGGUGAUCGCAUAUUCAUGUUUAUUGACAAUGCCCUUGAAGCAAAUAACCUUGCUAAGCUUUUGCCAAUUGAUUUAUCCUGCCUUCCCAAUGGGAUGAGGAUUCUUGUCACCACUAGAAAGCUUGACCAGACUGACAUGCUUGAUCGAAAAGAUUUAAAUUUUGAACGCAUUCCGUAUGAGGUAGACGUGCUUACCUCCUCGGCCUCCAAAAAACUUUUAUUUAAAAUAGCUCUAGGCAGUGCCAACGCAUCACUUCCCCAGGCAUAA